AAAGAAGCAAAUGGCCCAAGAUACAGAUCAGCACAUAGUGUACAUUUGAAUUAAAGAAUCAGAAUUCCCUUCUGACUGUGGGUUAACCGAGUGGUCUACACCUCCCCUUCCGUCGUCACAUUCCCCUCCCCUCUCCAUGCCCCCAGCGCUUCGCAGUCUCUAGUUCACUCGUCUCUAUUUACCUCUUUGCUAAUCCCUCACAUCGCGCUCUCUCUCUUCCACACAUUCUCUCGAUCGCUGUCUCUCCUCCCCUUUCAAGCUCAGAGCCAGCGGGCUGCCACACGACCCACACUGCCUGCUACAUGAUCUCCUGGAAAACAGAGCUCCGUGUCUUUGUAGCCACUUGCUGCUGCUCAAGCCUUGGUAGAUUGCAAUCUAGGAGACAAGGAAAGAUGCCUUCGCGACAACCCUGACUCCUGUCAUCUUCAGAUGCGACCCUGUCCCCUUUCCUAGUAUCUUGCCCCCUGACCCUUUACCCCAUCCCCUCUCCUCUACCCCUCUCCAGACCUCCCUCACUUAAUCCCCCCCCCCCCCCAAUCUUCCCCUCACCUCGCACCCUCUUGACAAUGUUCUCAUGUGUUCGUUGGCUUCAGCCUUUCCUUGCCUUGCUAUCCUCUACCUUGUUAACUUGGGGGUAUAACUGCCCAUCUAGCUGCUUGUGUCCGGACCAUCACACCGUGGACUGCACAGGUCAAGGACUCACCCGUCUUCCAGACUCUAUCCCUUUGGACAUACGGAGACUCCUUCUGUCUGACAACUGGAUUUCCUGGAUCCCUUCUGAUUUCCUGGUUCUCUACAGUGAUUUGGUCUACCUGGAUCUAAGAAAUAACUCCCUAACGAGCCUGGAGCCUGGGACUCUGAGUACAUCCUCCAGACUGGUCUAUCUAGACCUGGGGAGCAACAACUUGACUGAGAUACCCUCUGGAACUUUUGGGGAGUCCCGUAGUCUGAUCAAGCUACGGCUGGGGAACAAUCCGUAUUUGAAUAUGAUCAGCAAGGACGCCUUCUUCGGCCUCACCUCCUUACGAGAGCUCGAGCUGGAGAGGAAUGCCCUCUCUGGCCUGGACGUCGGGGUGUUGAGCCAGUUGCCUUCCUUGCGGAUGAUACGCCUGGAAGGGAACCCCUGGGUAUGCAAUUGCAACUUUGCCAAACUCUUCCUGUGGCUGUUAGAAAAUCGUCACAAGCUCCCAACUGGGUUAGAGGGUAUGGAGUGCUCUCUUCCAGUGGACGGGCGGCAGGUGUCACUCAGUGAGCUUUCUGAGGACAGUUUCCGGGAGUGUCGGGGAUUGCUGACUCUCACUGAUUAUCUUAUAGUGAUUUUUUCUGGAAUUUGUAUUUCGGUGGCAGCCAUUAUUGCCAGUUUCUUUUUGGCUUCCACUAUCCACUGUUUUCAGCGACUCAAAUCCAAAAGGACAGAUGAAGAGGAGGCAGAGGAAUGAGGGGACUUACUGGACAGAAUGGAAGUUACAAAUUACCCAUAAUUCAACACAGGGGAAGCCAAGGGAUUGGAUGAAGGGGUGAAUCACCUUAUUUCCAUGACAAAAGAACCCUGAAUCAGGCCCCUGUGCAACUAAGGUGAGGCUGCUGUCUCGCAUCUCGUGAUUCACAGCCUUCAUCCGUGUUGCUUGCAAGAAGCAUCAUAUUUUUAUACUUGAACACCAAUGAUUGAAUUGAGCCUUAAGACUAAAACUGUUCCUGAACAUGCAGUUUAAGAAACCACUGUCUCAUGCCCCUAUAUUCAAAAGUAAUCAGCAUUAUAUUUUGACAUCAGACAGCAACAAUGGUCUUUUUAUGAGAUGUGCAAGUUAGUAUUUUCUACAUGAGUUAUUUUUGGUAUUGUGUACAUGAAUCUUGCUCUGUUGUAGUAAGGUUUAGCUACUUGCACUUUAAAGUACAUAAGACACACACAAUCCCAGUGAGCCAUACUGUAAGCCCUUUUUCAUAAACCAUAAUGGCACUUAUCACCAAAGAAUUAACAUAAAAUGAGCAUACAUUGUAAUGUAAAUGUUUUUCAAGAGAAGGGUUCAAAAUACCAUUAUAAAUAUUGUAAGACAUGUUUGGCUGUUGUCUGUAACCUACAACAACUUCAUAAAUGUCAUACUCUUAAUAUAGUAGUUGGAGAUGGGUCAAAAUUAUAUAUAAAGUAAUCAAGGUAUUUUAAAGGCUAAAUUAAAAGGGAACUUUUUGUCUUUUUAUGUCAAUUCUGUCUAGUUAAUUCUUUCCUUUUUUACUUUAUGUUAUGACUAAAUAAACAUUGACGCCAAAGUGUUUGAAAUGA